UAGUCCCACAGAACUCGGCGGGGCUUACUUAUGAGUAGACAUUUUAGUAGAUCAGACAGGACAAAAAUUAAAUGAAAGUAAAAGAAAGCUUAUGAGCUACGAGUGACCCGUUUAUCACUUGUUGCACUGUUCUUCCAUGAUACGUUAAGUGAAAGUUGAAACUGCUUUUCAAAACGCAACAAAAUAGGAGAAUGGCAGGCGCGCGAGAAUGAGCUUUGAACAUGGGUGUUUCUUCUUGAAAAUGUAUCCCCCAGGUCCUUCAACGUUUUAUUGGUGGGGAAAAGAGCAUCCUUCCAAUGUGGCUACCAGUAUUGUGUAGCCGGAACCUGGGGGGCAGUUGAAGCACGACAGAGCAGAAUAGAGCGUUGCACUGUACGGCAGUAGGGGGACCGGGUUUUCCUUACUCCAAGCCCGAAAAAGCAAAGAUGUUGCCUUCCCUUCAGGAGUCCGUAGAUGGGGACGAUAGGGAGCUGGAGAGCAGCGAAGAGGGGAGCGGCCUGCCGGAGGAACGAAAGCCGGAGCGCAGCAGCAACAGCUACUACUGUCUAUACGGCUACCAAAGCUGCCGGUUACAGCAGGGUGUGUACAGUCAUGAUGGGAGUCCAAGCAGUACAGUGGCUGAAACUCCAUCUUCUGAUGAUUUCAGCCUCUCUUUGGUGGACACUAACCUACCAGCUGAAGCAGAGAUGGAACUGCGCAGUUUCAUUGCCAAGCACCUUGCUAAGGGAGCCUUUUUUGAAGGGAUGGGCAACGUUGUAUCUGUAGAGUUGAGUAUUCCAGAAAAUAGAGUUGGUUGUUACUACUGCCUCUUCCAACCAGAAAAAUGUACAGAAACAGCAAACACAGAAUCAAGCAGCUGUCCUUUAGACUACGUGAUCUGCUUUUUGGGAGGCUCGGAGAAGGGGCUUGAACUUUUCAGACUUGAGCUUGACAGAUCUGUUCAAGACCUGAAGAUUAACCCGGAUUCAGAGCAAAAUAGUCUGGAAACUUGUGUUAAGCCUCUCCUCGCAACUUGGUUUGAGGAUUCUGUCUGUCCUAUACAGAGGGUGGUACAGCUCUUCCAGGAUAAACUUGCCUUUGUGUUGCAUGCCGCUCUGAGUUGCACCCCAGUUGAAGUUAAAGAGUCCGAUGAAAAGACAAAGCAGGAUAUUAGCAGGUUCCUUAGAGCUGCAAGCCUUCAAGACCUUGUCCGGGAAGCCACAAUGACUUCCUUAUGUAUAGCAAUGACAGAGGAACAACACAAAUCCGUGGUGAUUGACUGUAGUGGACCACACCCUCAGUUCCACAAUGCAGGAAGUAACAAAUUCUGUGAAGACUGGAUGCAAGCAUUUCUCAAUGCUUCUGAAGGGGGAAAUCCAUUUCUCUUCCGGCAAAUAUUGGAGAACUUUAAAUUGAAGGCCAUACAAGACAUCAACAACCUAAAGCGCUUCAUCAGGCAGGCAGAAAUGAACCAUUAUGCUUUGUUCAAGUGCUACUUAUUUCUGAAGAACUGUGGCAGCGGAGACGUCCUCUUGAAGAUUGUGAAAGUGGAACAUGCUGAAAUGCAAGAAGCCAAACAUGUAAUAAAUGUCCUUGAGGAAUUCAUGAGAGAGCCAGCUUGUAACAUAAAUCCGUCUCCUGCACUUAGGGCUACUUACACAUUACAGAAUUAGAAUGUCUCUUGGUGGACUCAUAGAUCAUGUGAAAAGAUAAUAUUGCUUUUUAAAGAACUAGGUAUACACAGCGUGGACAGCUGCGGUUGGUCCUACUUCCUUGAAGCAUUUGAACAUGUGAUCUGGAAAAGGCACACUUCUAUACCGUAAGGAUAGUCCAAUAAACUGUGUUUUGUUGGAGUGGUAAUGAGCAGCAAGCUUGAGUACUCCCUGCUUCCUUUUGUGCACCUGCCUUGAAAUGAGAUUUCCUGGGUUUUUAAACCACUGUUUCCCUGUGAGCUGGGAAGCUGGAUUUAACCACUCCCUCCAAACCAGGAUUUGGAAACCAGUAUCAAACUCUUAAGCACGAAGGAGCUCUUAAACCACAGUUUCCUGUAUCGGAUGCCAUAGAGAAAUUGGUUUAACAAACCAGGAGGUCUCCUUGCAGUCAAGCAUGCAAGAGAAGGGAAGGCGAGCGUUGAACAUUUGAGGUUAAUACUCCUUUCUGCUCCAGUAAAGCAGUUUAUUGGAUGGAGAAUACUACAUCAGAACUCAGCCACUUUGUACCUACAUUGUACUAGUUGGUUUUGUAAUGCUUAAAGUUGCCAUUAGGUGGAGAAAUAGUCUGAAUUCUCAUUUGUGAAACAGAAUUCAUUAGUGUAUUUACUUGAAAGCUUUGGAUAAUAGGACAACUCUUGCAUUUCUUCUUUUUAAGAAGAUCAGAGUUCCUUUCUAUUAACUUCUUAUGUGAAAAGUAAUUCCUUCAUUUUCUUGCUUUGGAACUAGGAGAUUAUAUUGCUUGAAUUUGUCACAACUGGACCAAGAACACAUCUUCAUGCCAUUGAUAAUGUUAGGAUUACAUAUUAAGAAAACAGCAAAAGCUACCCCCAUGGAUCAUGAAUCUAAUCAGAUUUAAGAAUACAAAUUUCUGUAAAAUAAUUUAUGAGAAAAUUACGACAUAGCACUUUUUAAAAGGAAAGAACCUAAAAGCUUUCUGCUUAGUACAUUGCUUGCACAUCAUUAUUUGAUAACGGAUCUCUUUGUAGUUACUGAAUAAAUUUGCCUUACAUUGUAGUUGUGAUUGCAAGACUAUAAAGUCUAGUACCUGGAAUCUGCAUGCAACCCCCCCCUCCCAAUCAGCUGUUGCCACCUGCUUUCUCCCAAAUCCCCAAUCUGUUUCCAGGACUUUGGGGUUGUGAAAUAAGAGCCACUUAAAGGAUAACUUGGGUGUGUGGUAGGGGAUACUAUACACACCAGGUGUGGGGAACCUUUAGCACUUCAGAUGUUGCUGAACUACAACUCCCAUCAGCCGCAGCAACUGUGGCCAAUGGACAGGGAUUAUGGGAGUUGCAGUUCAGCAGUGUCAGGAGGGCCAAAGGUUUCUCACACCUGAUACACACCAUGCAGAAAUUUCAACUUGAAUAGUGUAUCUGCAUUCCUAGACUUUUCAGCUCUGGGAAGUUUGAGAUGCUGUUCAAACACUCUAUUGGGGCAGUAGCUGAUAUGAAAUUUCUUGUAUGCAUAGACCUAUUUAUUUUUUAAAACCAAAAAUCCCUGUCAUCAGAUGUGGCAGGUAAAGGUGAGUGUGUGUGAUUAUAGAUGAGUCCAGCCCCCUUCCCUCCUCCUGAAGAGCUAAUUAGUGGGAGUAUAGCUUCUUAAAAAGCACUAAAUGAACUAGCUCUGGCAGCUGGAUCAGUCUGCGAGAAUGUGCCUCCAGUACUUGUUUGUGCACAGUCUGGGAUGUGUGUGCAGAAGAGUGGCUCCACAGAUGUAUAGCCCCAAAGCAGACAAGAGCACUCACCUACUUUGGCCGGAUAGAUCAAGAAAUUGCCUCCAUUCUGGGUUUGUCUAUAUGCUCUGUAAUAGAGAAAUGUCUCUAGGGAGGGUCAAUCAGUUUUCAUUUUUCUUUAAAAUAUUGUCACUUCUAGUUCUCACCAUCUUACAGGGCUUAGUUCUGCAAAAAUGCAAAAAGCCCAAUUCAAAAAGUUAUUUAUGUACUGUAGUGGGCUGCAUGUACACAAACAAAGUGUAUGUGUGUAUAUAUUCAAUGGACAGAAAAUCAGCAUAGUGAGUUGUGACAGCACCUAUCACUUGUAAGGGGGAUAGGGGGUGCUGAAUGACUGCGACAUCUGUCUCUUAGGGGAUGCAUGUACAGCUCUGAUCCAGCUCAGAGCCACACAGUUGCAGUCCUGAUCUUAGGGGUGCAAGUUUUCCACCCUAUGUAUUGCUGUUCUGCACAGUAAUGUCCCAGACUAGCAACGGGACCUGAAUGUGGCUAUAAAUGUUUAUGCAUGAAUAACUUUUGCUAGAUUGUGGCCAAACGUAUUCGACUAAAGCAAAUGGUUGCAUCCAGAGUUCAAAACAUAUGACACUUCAGUCAAAAUAGUUAUUAUUUAAUUAUAGUUGCAUUUAUAAAACAUGCCCCCCAUCUUUACAUGUUGCUUUUUGUUAUUAUUUUGCCGUGUUUAUAUCAACCAUCUUAUUGAAAAGAAAAGAAGCUGAACAGUAAACCUUGAAUGGAAUCUGUGCACAAAUAAUUGUUAGAAACAAAACUAUACAGUUAUGUACACAAUAGAAAAGUAUUUUGACAUUGCAGCAUGCUGUUUUGCAAGUACUGUGUUUGCUCGAAUAGCCCUUGAUGGAAAAGUAUAUUCUGUUCAGCAUUUUUUUAAGGCAGAAUUACUUCAUUUGAUGCUACAAAGGUUAACCAUGGAGGAAGGUACUAACUGUGUUAGCAAAAGAAAGAAAAACUUCAUAAAUCUAGCUUUGUUUUGUAAACUUAAACAGGCACUAUGGGGAGGCAGGAUGUGCUUGGUGACCAAUAUAGCUAUUAAACUGGGUGAAAAUUAACAUUUGUGCUGCAUAAAUUCAAUGUGUGAAAUUAUAUUGUGUCUUGUAAAACUCUCUGUGAUAUUUAUUUAUAUUCUGGUUUGGGAUUCUAAGGAACCUAUUAGAUAGUUUUCUCAAGUUAGAAACCAGUGAUUAAUUAUGGUAUUAAAGUGCAUUUACCU